UAGUGUACUUCACUUGCUAAAACUAGCUAUCGUUGUAUAAUUAUUUCAACUUGUUGAAAGUUUUCUGGACCAAAGUAUAAUGUCUGCCCAGCAGGAGCCUCCGGAGCAGGAGGACCUCAGUGAAUUCUUUACCGUGUUUGACGGCUCCUCUCCGGAGGACGUGUCCCACGCCCGGCAGCUGUGGAGCUCGCUGUCCCUCCUGCCGCCGCUGGAGUCCCGGCUGGUGUCCGCGGACAUCCGACAGAGGCUGCCUGUGUCCCGGCCGCAGCGCAGCAGCAGCGCCGGGCCCAGACACUCCGCUCCGCCGCAGCAGCCGCCGAGCGUCUCUGCUCUCCGGCAGAGACGGGAGGAGAGGCAGCGGUACGUGGCCAUGGCCGACCAGAGGAGGGAGAUCCUGGCUCUGCUGAGGAGGCAGCGGGAGCAGAGGAUCCAGAAGGAGAUGCUCUCUGCGGACUUCAAACCGAAGCCGAAAGUCGGCCGGGAAAGUUUAACAAAGCUGCAAAAACCUGCAGACACAGAGAUGGACGAAGAGCUGGUGAAGCAGCUGCAGUAAAGGACCAUUCAUACCUGUUAAAACUACAAAAACCUCACACAUUUGGGUGGCAUUACAGACGAAUAAAUAUGUCAUAAUCAAAAAUCAGUUUAUAACAUUUGUUGACCCAUUUUAUUCGAAGCUUAUUAAGUUAGAGCUGUUCUUUUUCUAAAUAGGAGAAAAUCUCUAUGGAGUCUGGUCUUGAGUCUUAAUUCAGAAUACCAUGCUCGUCUAACUGUUAUGUUGACUGGAAAUAAUUAAAUAUACUGCAAUUCUUACUUAUUUUUGAGUGUGACACUGAUGUUCAACAGGUAUAAUGUUUACCAUGUCAACAGCCCAAGAUUAAUUUAUGCUAAUUAGCUCGCUUGUGCAUUUGAGGCUGAUAGGAGUUGUAGAAAAAAAAACUUUGACAUUAUUUUGGCACUAAAUGCUCUUGGACACUUUUAAUGGCUCUGCACACCCAAGUGUGUCCAGCUACAGGGGCUGAUUAAAUAUGUAGUCAAGUCAGGUGAAGCUAUCCUGUGAAUAAGAC